UUAGAAAUGAAGCUGAUUGAAAGCGGUGGGUAUAGUAAAGUGUUUAGGACAGACGAUGGGUAUGCUAUAAAAAUAGAAGAUCCCAAAAUGGCCAAACAAAAUAGACUGAGCAACGAAGCCUCGAUUCUGAAGGAGAUUCAAGGGCCUGGAAUCCCAGAGAUUUACGAGUACUGGACUGAAGAAGGCAAAGACAUGAUCAAAAUGGAACUCCUGGGAGAUGACAUUGAAGUACUGUGAAGGAAACUUGGCGGCGGACUAGGGUACCAGUCAACCAUCAUGUUUGGCAUCCAAGCUUUGGAAAGACUGGAGUAUAUCCAUAGCAAAGGGGUUAUACAUAGAGAUGUUAAGGAUACGAACUUUGUCAUAGGGAUAAAGGAUCCUUCAGUGAUUUAUUUGAUCGAUUUUGGACUUUCGGAGGUGAUAGAUAAAAAGUCACUGAAUAAACACUACUGGGAGUGAAAGAAUUUUGCUGGAAAUAUGCUAUUCGCUGCAAAAGAGUCUCAUUCAAAUGGUAGCAUAAUAUCAAAAUAAGAAUGAUAUUGAGAGUUUACUCUAUCUUAUGCUCUAUCUUUACCAGAGAAAGAAAAUAACGCCGAUGUAUCCAUGUUUAAACAAUAUUGACAGCAAAGUUUUCCCAUGGGGUAAGGACUUCAAAGAAGAGAGAGACGAGUUACACCUGAAAUUAUUUGAACUCAAAAAUGACUUUGACUUUAUUGAAAUCACCUCGGAUUUCCCUGAUGAGUUUAGAGAAUUUAUGAAUUAUAUCUUUAAUCUGCAGUACUAUCAAGCUCCUGAUAUGAAAUUCCUUAAAAAUUGUCUUAAAGAAUGACUCCGAGUGAAAAAUUAUGAGUUAGAUUAUUCACAGUUUGAUUGGAUCAAGAAGAAGAAACCAAGAGUAAAAUCUAAAACUAUAAAGAAAGCUCCUUCUCACUCAAUGAAGUUGCGAGGCCCUAAAGCGAAAAGAUUGGCCAAAUUUGAGGAGAAGAGGAAUGUCAAAGAUAGGCUCAGAGGGAGAAUUGAUCCCAACAAUUUGUGGGAAUUAUAAAGUAAAAACACUCAACAUUUUUAACUCCA